AUGUUUCAGGUGUUGCCUGCACUGUCUGUUAUUUUUCGCAGUCGUACGGAUGCCAGUUCAAAUUUAAAAGAAGUUUUGGCGAGAAAAAUUCCCGUCGAACAAGAAAGAGUUAAAAAUUUUCGAAAAGAACAUGGCAGUAAAAAAGUCGGUGACGUCACCGUCGAUAUGAUGUACGGCGGAAUGCGAGGUAUAAAAGGUUUAGUAUGCGAAACCUCCGUUUUGGAUCCGGAAGAAGGAAUCCGUUUUCGAGGUCUUUCCAUACCGGAAUGUCAAAAAGUUUUACCCAAAGCUCCAGGCGGAAACGAACCAUUGCCCGAGGGUCUUUUUUGGUUGUUAAUCACGGGUGAUAUUCCCACUCAAGCUCAGGUUGACGCUUUGUCAAAAGAAUGGGCAAACCGAGCGGGAUUACCCUCACACGUGGUAAAUUUGUUAAAUAAUUUUCCACACAAUCUUCAUCCUAUGAGCCAAUUGUGUUGCGCGGUCAUGGCUCUUAAUUCCGAGUCCAAAUUCACCGAAGCUUAUUCCCACGGAGUACACAAAUCUAAAUAUUGGGAGUACGUUUACGAAGAUUCGAUGGAUCUCAUAGCAAAAUUGCCAGUGGUCGCAGCAACAAUUUACAGAAACACAUACAGAGACGGAAAAGGAGUCGGUGCCAUAGAUCCAAACAAAGACUGGUCCGCUAAUUUCACGUCAAUGUUAGGUUACACGGACGAACAGUUUGUAGAAUUAAUGAGGCUGUAUUUGACUAUUCACAGUGAUCACGAGGGAGGAAACGUGAGUGCUCACACAACACAUUUAGUCGGUUCGGCUCUAUCAGAUCCUUAUUUAUCUUUCGGAGCGGGUAUGGCUGGUUUGGCUGGACCCCUUCACGGAUUAGCAAAUCAAGAAGUAUUGAUAUUUUUAAAUAAAGUUAAACAAGAAUUAGGAGAUAAUUACACGGAAGAAAGUUUGAAAGAAUUCAUAUGGAAAACUCUUAAAUCUGGUCAAGUCGUUCCGGGAUACGGACAUGCCGUGCUCAGAAAAACCGAUCCCAGGUAUACGUGCCAAAGGGAAUUCGCAUUGAAACAUCUUCCCGACGACCCCAUGUUCAAGUUGGUGUCAACAAUAUACAAAGUCGUGCCCCCUGUACUUAUGGAAACCGGAAAAGUUAAAAAUCCAUGGCCUAACGUGGAUGCUCAUUCCGGUGUACUCCUUCAGUAUUAUGGAAUGAAAGAAAUGAACUAUUACACCGUAUUGUUCGGAGUCAGUAGAGCAUUGGGAGUUUUAGCUUCUCUCGUCUGGGAUAGAGCUUUGGGUCUACCAAUCGAACGACCUAAAUCCAUGUCAACGGACGGACUCAUGAAACUAUUCAAGUAA